ACAUUAAUUGUUGUUGUUUUUGUGGGUCGUUGCUCGUUGCUACACCAGUUUCACGAUUUCAUUAAAACUGGAUUUCGCAUUAACGUAAUACUACGUACGUCAUACAGCAUGUAAUUAAUACGUGGGGUCUGGAAUUUAAACUCUGCUGGAAUAUUAUUAUCGUGCACCUGUUAACUGAUUGUUUGCGAACUGUUAUCAGGUAUAGUGAAACGGUGUUAAGUGAUCUUUUCUUAUCUAAAUAAAUACUCUCGUAGUAACAGAUUAAGGUAUCUAUUAUUUAAAAUAUUAAAAUUCUUAGAUAAAACGGUCACCAAUAGCGAAUUUAGAAUUUAUGUACAGUUGUUUGACUUUGUACCCUAAUUAUAUUCGCGCAGUGCAAAGGUUUGCGCCAGUACGCAAAGAACUCGUGAAAGUGCGUGCAAAAAGUUUAUAUUCGUUUAAAAUGGAGAAGCAACAAGAAGUUGACGAGCAACUGAAGAAGUAUUUCCCUGAUUUGCCCAGUGGUCCAUUGGAUAUUUACAGGAAGAAAGCAUCCUUCGAUUGGCGUCGAAUGAAACUUGUUUACGACACUUUGAACACGAUUAAAUUGAAACAUGACAUAUGGAGCUUCAUGGAAGGUCACCCGCUGUUCAAGCACUCAGAAGCCACCCGAGUCCUGGAUGAUGAGAGACAUAUCACCACUAAGAGGAUGUACACUAUCUACAAUGAACAGUUCUGCCGAUUUGAAAAGAUAGCCGAAGACCCAAAAGCAUUUCAAGCAGAAAGCGAGGCCCUAUUCAUGUUUGACAGUUCCUUAGCUGUCAAAGUGUCAUUGACCUUCCGCAUGUUCAGCAAUGCCAUCCAGGGUAAUGGCAGGGGCCAUCAUUACCACAUCAUUGAAGACGUGGAGAAGGCCAAGAUUGGGGGGUGUUUUGCACUGACUGAAGUUUCUCAUGGAUCUAAUGCUAAGGGUAUGAGGACCACGGCUACUUAUGUGCCAGAGAAGAGACAGUUUGUCAUGCAUAGUGCUGAUUUUGAGGCUGCUAAAUGCUGGGUUGGAUCGCUGGGUAAAUGUGCCACCCACGCAAUAGUAUACGCCAUGCUGGUGUCCAAAGGCAAGAACCAUGGACUGCACACGUUUGUGGUGCCCAUCCGUGACCCCAAGACCUUGAAGCCGUAUCCUGGAGUCAUUGUGGGAGACCUCGGCGAGAAGAUUGGACUUAAUGGUGUUGAUAAUGGAUUUGUUAUGUUCAACAACUACCAUUUGCCGAAAGAGGCGGCGCUCGACAAAUUGGGCGGAGUCAACGACGCUGGGGACUACGAAACGCCUUUUAGGGAUCCUAACAAGAGGUUCGGAGCCGCUCUCGGGAUUUUAUCAGGUGGUCGAGUCCACAUAACGGCUAUAUCCACAUAUUACCUUCAGAAGGCUAUUGUAAUAGCUAUCAGGUAUUCCGCCGUGAGGAAGCAGUUCGGCCCUGAAAAUGCUGCAGAGGAGACACCUGUGUUGGAGUAUCAGCAACAGCAAAUACGUCUGUUACCAUACCUAGCAGCCGCAUACGCGAUGAAGAUAUUCUCGGUUUGGCUCAGUUUUACCCACAUCAAUAUGGCUAUCAGUAACUUUAUGGGAGACGACAAUAACGCAGCGGCCCGCGGUAUAGAGUUGCACGCGCUAUCAUCCGCCGUGAAGCCGCUGUUCGGCUGGACAUCCCGGGACGGUAUACAGAACUGCAGGGAAUCCUGUGGCGGACACGGAUAUUUGAAAGCUGCCGCCAUAGGCGAUCUUCGCAAUGACAACGACGCGAACUGCACAUACGAAGGCGAGAACAGCUUGCUGCUGCAGCAGACCAGCAACUGGCUCCUCAACAUCUGGGCCAGGAGGAACACCCUCACGGCUGACGACUCUCCCCUCAACUCUCUGCAGUUCUUACAAAAUGUUGACCAGUUGCUGAAGGAGAAGUGCUCGUGGAAGACCGUUGAGGAUGCUGUCGAACCUACUAAUCUCAUAAAAACAUACAAAUGGUUAACGGCGUAUAUGCUGAAGAUGACAGCUGAAAAAGUAGCCGCGUUGAAGAGCCAGGGCAAAGACAACUUUGCUGCGAAAAACGAAUCACAGACAUUCAACGCUGUCACACUUUCUAUUGUCUAUGGGGAGAACUACGUACUAAAUCACUUCUACAAGACAGCCGUAGAGUAUAACGACGUCGGAUGCCGCACCGUGUUACUCAAGCUCGUGUCUUUAUAUGGAGCCUUCUUGUUGGAGAAACACAUGGCAACACUGUAUAUUGGCGGCUACUUCUCCGGCCCUCAAGGAGCGUUGGUCCGUGAAGGACUCGUCCGCGCAUGCGCGGCGGUGACGCCGGACGCGGUGGCGCUGGCCGACACUCUCGCGCCGCCUGACUUCUGUCUUAAAUCCGUACUCGGAAUGGCGGAUGGAGAGGCUUACAAACACAUCCAGUCCAGCGUGAUGACGUACCCAGGGUCAUUGACCCGGCCGGAGUGGUGGCGUGACGUGGUCUACUGGCAGACUUACGCGCCUUCCAAGCUAUAAUCUACCUUAAUACCAAGCAAUAAGGACGACAAUCAACUGUGCAUAAUAUUUGUAGCUUCUAUUUUUAAGUACAUUUUUUAUGAAGAAGUGAAGUGGUAACACUGACUUUUUGGUGUUGCCAGGACCAAUUAAAGUACGAACAAAGGCUAGACUGACAAUAAUAUUGUUAAAAAAUAAUUCUGUCUAUGUCCAUUGCGUAUAUUUUAUCC